AUGGACAGAUCACUGUGCGUGAUGGAGUCCUAGCUCUGAUUUAUGCCUUCUAUAUCCUUUUAGGUCCAGUUCCAUACCCACUCAGCUGGCUGAGAAGUGAAGUCCUUAAAGAGACAGCCCUGGGCCUGGAAGCAAGUACCUUCCCUUUCCCCACUUGGCAUGUUCUGUUUGCCAGUAAGGAGACAGUGAAUAGUAGUAAACAGUUCUCACCAUGACCCACCCUCAAAGAUGCUGAAUUUUGGAAUUGUGAAAGUCAAUUGAGCUAUACUGGUUAACAGCUGUUGAGGCUAAGGCUAUCUGUUCCUAAAGUAAUGGGUUAAUAUUAUCCUGAAAUCCUUCAGAAACCGCAUCAGAUUGUCACAGUAAAAAAAACAUUUAGCUCUCUUCUGGUACACAAUGUAGGGAGUCUAUGCUUUUUGUGCCAAAGUAACAAAAAUGCCAACGUAUUGGAAAGGGAGGAAAUCAACAAGAUUAGAGGAGCUUUGGCCAGUUCCCAUGGAGCAGGGAGACAUCUUGUGCUUAUACCAACACCACAGUGGCAUCACUUCUUUCACCAAUCCCAGGGACAAUUUCUGUAGAAUCAAUCAGAAAUUAAAUAAAUCCCUGUUCUCGGCAUUUUAAACCUAAUAACAUGACCACAAUAUGUUCCACAUUAGAAACAACUUGGCAGGAAAAUAUUUUCCUGUGGCUUGACACUGUAAGUGAUGGACGUGCAUGCAGAAAUCAGCCUGCGCACCUGGAGCCUAGGCGUGUUUCCCUGGAGCAGUGGGGCAGUUAGGAAAUUUUACAUUCGGGAAUCAGUGGCAACCCUACUUCCCAACAUUGGGCAUUGAACAGUGGCUUUUUAUCAAUUAGCAUUUGACACCACUUGAUACAUCCUCUUCAAGCAGUUGUCUUUGCCAGAGCAAGGAUGCCCUUUACCUGUAGGAACAUCUAGGAUAGGCAGAAAUGGGCUCUUACCUGGAUAUGCUGCUGGGACAGAAGAACUGUCAGUGCUAAGCUGCAAUGUAGGCUGUGUGCUGGGCACAUGUCCCCAUUGUCAUAAUUUCCUUGGCUCCCUCUAAGUUUGGGCAGCAUCUGAGUCCAGCAGCUCCUUUCCAGUUGGUGUGUACAGAUCCUUCUUGUUGGUGGUGACCCAUUUGUGGAAUGCCCACCCUGGAGAGGUCUGCCUGUCUCCCUCAUUAUUGACUUGCAGGAGAAAUCUAAAAACAUACCUGCUUACCCAGGAUGGGUAAUAGAUACUGGCCAUGGCAACUAUAACAUUAAUGACCGAGCGUAUUGGUUUUUAAUGUUUUUAGAAGUUCUAAAUGUUUUUAAGUGCUUUUUGUUUUUUAAAGUUGUUUUUAAAGUGCUUUCUGUUUUGUUUUUUUAAAAAAUGUUUUAAAGUGUUUUAAAUGUGUUUUAUUUUAAAUUGUACUGUUUUUACCUCUUGAUGCUUGCCACCCUGGGCUCCUGUGGGGCGAAGGGAGGGAUACAAAAUUAAUAAUACAAUUUGAGCAUAUUACACCAAUACUGGUCCGAUUGCACUGGCUACCAAUUAGUUUCCGGGCCCAAUUCAAAGUGCUGGUUUUGACCUACAAAGCCUUAAAUGGCUCAGAACUGUAAUACCUCAAGGACCGCUUCUUUCCAUAUGAACCUACCUGGACCCUGAGAUCAUCCUCUGAGGCCCUCCUUCAUGUGCCUCGUCCUCAAGAGGUCCAGAGGGUGGCAACAUGGGAACGGGCCUUCUCUGCAGUGGCUCCCCAUCUGUGGAAUGCCCUCCCCAGGGAAGUUCGCCUGCCAUCUUCAUUAAACACCUUGAGGCACCAGGCAAAAACAUUCCUUUUUAACCAGGCCUUUGGUUGAUCUGAUUUACAUCCUAUGCCCUUUUAAAAUGUGUUGGGGGGGGGCUAUUGGGUUGUUGUUUUUAUUUUUAUUAUGUAUUUUGUGGUUUUAUAUCUUGAUUUUAGUCUGUGAACUGCCCUGAGACCCCCGAGUAUAGGGCGGCAUAUAAAUUCAAUAAAUAAAUAAAACAAACAAACAAAAAUUACAAGCAUAAUCCACAAUUUCUGGACCCUGGUGGAGUUUCCAGGGACACCGCGGUGUGCAUGUGUGUUGAAUGCCUGCCACUUUGAUGCCAGUUUUUUUACAUUUUCUGGUUGUGUGUGUCUAGCAUGCACUGGAUACAACAGCUAUUCUGUUGAUGUAGCAGCACCAUCUCUCCAGUCCUGGUGUGAUCGGAAUAAAGGAUUUCUUUGUGAGUUAAGCGUUGUGCACUGGGCCAUACCAUUCUUUCCUCAAGAGCUUAACGACAAGUGCUCCCCAAUGACCUGGCAUUAUGUACAAGCAAAAAAGGAGACCCAGGAGACAUUGCAUGGUAAUAAAGAAGAAACUCUUUUAAUUGCAGGCUGCUGUGGAGUUGUUACAGUAUUUCUCCCAUACAACAGAAUUCUCCCGCUGACACAGGGUGCAUAUGGUGCUUACACUGGCUACACUGUAUAUGAGACAAAUCACUACAAUCUGUGCUGCUGUUUUUAUUUCUACAGCAAAGUUUCAUCAGAGACAUGUACUUUCCAUGUUUUUCAUUGCAUGAAAGUUUAGAAAACUCGCUAGCGCCACCACACCUGCUCCGAGUUCUGCUUUCCUCACUGCAGUUAGAGGCAUCCCAGUUAGGGAUUUAGGGCCCAGCUAUGGAGGCCAGCCUGUCAGGCACUGGAUGCUAGGCUUAAGUGCACCCUCUCCCUGCCUCUUUCCCCCAGGACACCCGAGUUGUCUUCAGGCUAACAAUACUACUUGCAUCUACCUCUUGGGGCUUGCUAUGAAGUCAAUGGAUAUUUGUAUUCCACUGCUGAAUCGGGCCUUUGGUUGCCAAACAACCUCCACAGUGGAUUCUGGGAAACCUCCGCCAUUCUGCCAAGGUAUUAAUAGCACAGUGUUUUCCCAGAACAAGACAACAUCUCAUUGCGGGGGGGGGGCUUCUUUUGGAACAGAUCUCUGAGUGGUUCUGCAUGGACCUGCUAUGUCAAGUACACCAAUGUGAUGCCACUGUGCUGUGGUGAAGGGGAUGCUCCACAGCUGGAGGUAAGAAUCCUUUCCCAGCAGAGUGAAGGAUUCAGAGUUCCUGUCUUGUGCUGACAUCCCUCAUGGCUAUCUGUUGGACCCACUGCUACUUUAAAAAUCUAAAAGACAUGGCUCUAGCAAGAAGAUCGAGUAAUAUUUGAUCAUUUAGAAAAAGCUUGUCCCUGUAAGAGAUCAGGGGAAGGGGGGAGAAUUGGUUAAGAGUGCAGGGUCAGGAACCUGAUUCCCUGUUGCUUUAGCAGCUAUCUUAUUUUAUUUUAUCUAAAUAUUUGAUUAAAACUGCAGCUCAUUAUGUUACAGGCAGUUUGAUCUAAAGGUGAUGGAGGAUGGGGUUGCCAAGGUUUAUUAAGCAGUUUUGAGGCUACGUGAAAACUAUCAGCUGGUAAGAGUAAAGUUAAUCCAGAGCGGCCUUAUUGGGUAAAUGAUUAGCAUUUCCCUCAACUCCUGGAAUGCCAGGUGUAGGUAAUUUAAGGUAGAAAACACUGAUGAGCUCAGCCAAGCUCCAGUGGAUGAAACCCAAUGACUAAGAACCUUGGGAUCUUUUCUGAUGUGGCCAAGUCUACUCAAUUUGUCAUUGCUACAGGAUGAACCCACCAUGUGGUCAAUGUGCAGGCUGAACCUAUGCAAAACGAAGCACAUUUAACUCUGCAUAGGACUGGACUGUUAAUAUAAGACUAUUUACUCCAUCUACAGUCAAUUCAUUGUUUUACUUCCCCACAUGAUAAACCAGCCAUAUCUAUGGAUCUAUGCUUUCAGAUUUCAUUGGCAACUACAUUCCCUGCACUCCUAAAAGCUCACCUGUUCCACUCUAAAGCAACAGAGGCGCCGUGGUUAAAAUCGGAAGGCUUUGGCUUCAAGCCCUUCUCAUGA